UGCACGCACGGCCCUUCAUUUCCGAUGAGUCACUGACGAUCCGCCCUGCCCCGUCCGAACUCCCGAGUCCACGUCGAGUAUCCGUGUCCGCGUUUUUCGGCUCUCGCUGCUCGCACGCCACACCGCAUCGAACCGCACCGCACGCUCGGCGCAUCUCUCUGGACCCCUCUGAACCCGUGCGCGACCCUUGCUCGUUGCUGCUCGACGCCGGGGCUCUUAUCCUCUCUCUUCGGCUCUGAUCAAGUUUGAAAUUGGUAGUCAUGAAGUAUUCGCAAAUAGCGAAGCUAUGGAGCGUAGUCUUUUGUAUAGUCCUAUUAUUAGAAGACCUUGUCAAUGCAACGCCUUACUAUUCUGACUACGAUGCAGCUCGAGAUCUGUACGAAUUGCUAAUGCAGAAAGAAGCACUAAACGAGCUGGCAGAAAACCACAGAAUGGCACGAAAAAGCGCCCGAACGCCCUCGCUUAGGCUCAGAUUUGGUCGACGGAGUGAUCCCAACAUGUCUUCAUUCCAACAAUCGCCGACCUUGCGACUAAGAUUUGGGAAGAGGAGUGAAGCUGUCCCCAAGGAUCAGAUUGACGGGUUCGAUCAGCAUUUCCUCUCCGAGGUCGUGAAGGAGACUUAAAACGACCGCUCCUGCACCCUGAAACAUAUCUGUGGUUACCUUUUUCCCCCUCAUCGCAACGCUGGCUGACGUACUUUCUUUUCGUUCCACUCUCACUCUCAUUUUUUUCACCCCCCGCCCCGAUGUUGGAAGUUUAUUUACAUUCUCUUAUCUUGUUAUUACCGUUUUGUGUCCUGAAUAAAUAUAAUUUUUAACCUUAA